AUGCAUUGGCUCGCGACUUUGACGGGCUAUAUCGCGCCGCUCUUCCUAAUCCUCUCCCCCAUCAUCUCCUAUGGCGACCAGGCCGUAUCGAUGCAUCGCAAGAAGACCAGCGCGGGCUUCUCUCUCGACAUUCCCCUGAUUAUGCUUGUCGCAUCGUUCUUCAGGAUCUUUUACUGGCCUGGCGCGCGAUUCGAUGCGAGCUUGUUAAUACAGUCUCUGAUUAUGGUUGGAAUGCAAGUAGCGCUGCUCAAAAUUGCUCUUGAUCACCGACCUGCACCUUCAAACAAGGGCGGCGAGGCCGGCUUGCCUUUUGCUCCCCCAGAGGGUGUCUUUACCCAAAGACCGUAUAACUUUUGGCAAUGGAGAUCGCCGAAACCAUAUUGGCAAUUCAUCGUCUAUCUCUUCAUGGGCUUGCUCGCUGGUGAAGUUGUCGUGUCCGGCAUGACACCUGGCUACUAUCCCACGUAUUCCGAGCUCGUCGGAAUCAUCGGCCUCUCCGUCGAAGCCAUUCUUCCGAUCCCGCAGAUCAUCGCCAAUGCGCAAUCCAAGUCUUGCAAAGGCUUUCGAGUGUCCGUGCUUGCUAGUUGGAUCGGAGGUGACGCCAUGAAGAUUUACUGGUUCUUUACGGCCACGACCGAGAUCCCGCUAGCAUUCAAGGCGUGUGGCAUCUUCCAGGCUUGCUGCGACUGCUUCCUCGGAAUCCAGUACUUUUUCUACGGAGAUGGCAGAGGUGCUACCGUCAAGGGACAUCCGCUGCAAGAAAUUCCGUCUCAAGAAAUGAGUUGGAAAUAA